AUGUUGGUUUUCAUAUGCUCUGAUAUUUCUGGUCUUUUUUCCCAACUCUGCUCCCUGCGCAGAAUCAACGUGCUGGGUCAUAUGCAACAAGGAAACGAACCGUCUCCGUUUGACCGAAACUUGGGCACAAAAUUUGGCUCCAAAGCGAUCGAUUGGCUGCAUGAUCAAAUCAAUCUCGGGUUACGGCCAGAUGGCACAGUCCAUUGUCCAGAUCCGUCAUCUUGCACUCUUCUUGGAGUGAUUCGACAGAAUUCUACCUUCACAGAGGUCCUCAAACUGAGGGAGAAUACCGAUUUCAAACCUUUCCGAUCUCUUUUGACGAUUGCUGCCCGGAGUGUAACGCCCGAGGCGCAUAUCACUACUGGUCGCGAGCGUAUGCGUAACGCAAAGCGACAUGGGCAGCUAACUUACUUGAAUCGUGUGGGUCUGUGCUGGGAGGGUAGACUUUUCUAG